AUGACGAAUAAAGCGAUUGAUCUUUUCAAUAAGAUUAAAAAUCCUGAUGAAAUCAUUAUAAAUCUUUUAUUUAAUGUUUGUGCUCAAUUAGGAACAAAAGAAGCAUUAAAUUUAGUAAAAAACAGUCUCAAAAGAAAUUCCAAAAAAUUUUUUCAUUCAAAUUUUUGUCUGUCAACUUCUUUAUUUGAUGCAUUGAUUAAAUGUGGUGAUUGUUCAAAUGCAGAAAUACUUUUUUCAAAAAUGACAAAAUCUGUAACCCAUUAUGGAAAUCUAGUGUGUGGAUUUAAUAAAGAAAAUAAUCCUUUAAAAAUAUUAAAUUUAUUUAAACAAAUGAAACUUGAUAGUUUUGAAGCAGAUUUAAUUAUUUAUCCUUGUAUUAUAAAAUCUUCAUCCGAAAUUGGUGAUGAUUCAAUAUUUAAUUGUUAUGAUUUAAAUGAAAUGGAUAUUCAAGCAAUUAAACUUUAUCGUGAAAUGCCAUCAGAAUUAAUUAAUGAAGUAACACAUAUUUGUGUUCUAAAUGCAUGUUCACAUUCAGGACUUGUGGAUGAAGCUCGUUCAAUCUUCAAAAAUAUUCAAAACAAAAGAGAGAAAAUUUAUGUCACUAUGAUUGAUUUUCUUAGUCAUGCAUCCUUCUUUGAUGAAGCACAAGAAUUAACUGAUGAAUAUGAACGUUAUCAUUCACCUGUAUUAUCCAUGUAUUUUGAAAAAGGACUUAGAUCAAAUGUUCAAUCUAUUUUUCCUUGA